AUGACGAAAACAGAGCCACAUACUGAGCUUGCACUUCCGAUAGGGUCUUUGGUCUUGGUUACCGGCGCUAAUGGAUAUAUUGCAUCCCACGUUGUUGACCAAUUGCUAAGCUUUGGAUACAAUGUGCGCGGGACUGUACGGGCGCCAAAACCAUGGCUCAACGAUCUAUUUGAGCAAAAAUUUGGAUCUGGGCGCUUCGAGACAGUGAUUAUUGAGAACCUCAGCAAUGAAGAGCUGUUUCAUGAAGCAUGCUUUGAUGUUGAUGGAAUUUUGCAUACGGCGGCGGAUAUGUCACUUAACCCGGAUGCUAGCGAGUAUAUUCCGAAUGCAGUAGGCACAACCAUCAAUCUUUUAAAAGUUGCCAACCGAACUCCGAGCGUUAAACGUUUCGUGCUGACCUCUUCUUCCUCGGCUACAUAUCUCCCCCAUCCCAACGUUGAAGGCCUUGUAAUCGAUCAUGAUACCUGGAAUAUCGACGUUGUACAGGCUGCAUGGAGCGAGCAAACUCCUUCUCAUAUCAAGCCACACAUAGUCUACUCUGCAAUGAAAAUGGAGACUGAGAGAAUGGCUUGGAAAUGGUAUCAGGCAAAUAGGCCUGGUUUCGUCUUCAAUACGGUUCUUCCACCUAUCAAUUUUGGAAGAAUUCUUUCUCCGGAAAUCCCAGGGUCUACACAAGCUUUUGUGAAGGGUUUACUUGUAGGGGAAGGGGGUAUCAUGAGCUUGUUUCCGCCGCAGUGGUUUGUUGAUGUGGAAGACUGUGCAAGGUUGCAUCUGGUUGCGCUUUUGGAUCCAUCUGUUCGGGAUGAGCGUAUUUUCGCAUUUGCAGAGCCCCAAAACUGGAACGAUGUAGUUGCGAUUCUGAAACAGCUUCGUCCAGAAAACACGCUAAUCCCGAACGCACCCUCAGUUGAUGUUCGUGAUCUGACUGAUGUGAAGCCUGCCAAAAGAGCGGAAGAGCUUCUGAAGCGCUUCUUUGGACGUUCUGGAUGGGUGACUCUCGAAGAAAGUCUGGCAGCUGGAAUUCAAGGAUUAUGA